AUGGCGAAGGGCUUGGAUGAAUUGAUCGAGUUUCUGCUUGAAGAGAUUGCAAUUAGCGGAAGCCGAGGUGUCACCAUCGAUGAAAUCGCUAACUCCACACGCUCCUUCUACGAUGAGCUCGAGAAUGAUUUACCUUCCGCAGAUGGCUCCAGCCCAAGGCCGAGUCCUGCAGUUGAUCGUCCUCUUCUCUCCAAGAUCUGGACGUGGUUGGGACGGCACCCAGAAGUCUCCAUUGGCGACGACAAACAAUAUAACAAGUCAACACUUGCAGAAGUCGAAAAUGAGUUUCCUGGUUACGUGGAUGCCCAGUUAGAAGGCUCCCGUCAUCCAGAUGAUAUUUAUUCAGGUUCGGAUGACUCUCAACGUGCACCAGAAACUCCAAAGCCCAUCGGGACGACUCGCCGUGCUCGAUUAGCCAGUGGUCCUCGAAUCCGGGUCAGCACUGAGCGAAUGUACGAGACGAUAUGUGGCCAUCCUCCAGAUUUCACCAAGAUUGCUCAUCUAGAAUUCGACCUUCUGUCUCACAUUGCUGCCGCGCGCUCGAAUGGGAUCUUGCAGGGGGAACUGCGAAGAGCCACAGGUCAAGACAAGCGGUCUGUUCCAAAGAGGACAGAUGCUUUGCACAAGAAAGGUUACAUCGUCAAAGAGACCGUCUACAGAAAAGGUAACCGAACAAGCCGCCUGAUCUUCAAGAAAUUCUAUCAUCCUGCCGAUGGAAAUGUUGAGCUACUCCGUGACCAUGGCGGCCCAAUCCGGCGCGGGUCAUCCGUCAGGGAUGCCGUACGAAGAAUAUUUGAUGUCUUGUCAGAUCAGAGUCUGAUACCUCAGACAAAACUGGCAGAAGAACUUAACCUAGACUCUCCAGCAGAAUCUGCUGUUCUCGUCAAAAUUCUCCGCCGACUUGAACGACUUCAAUUUCUCAAGAGAGUGAGGACCGCCGUUGGUCCUUCUGCGACUUCAGGAGAUUUGAAACAGUUCGUUCAGCUGGUGCGGCACCCUCGGGUUGGGGACCUGCAAAGCUUUGACACCGAAAAACUGUCUCUUGAUCAAACAAUUCAGCAUCUCGCUUCGCUCAUUGAGCCGGAAAGCCAUAAUGACUCGAUUGUUGGAUUUUCCAACAGCAACAACAACAACAACAAUAGCCUUGAAGAGACAGAUAUGAUGCGUCCUGUCGCGAAAUGGAACCCUGAUCGACUGAUUCCUAAUGUGAUGGUUGAUGCUGUUCAGCUUGCCGGGAGAACAGGCUUGACAAAUUGGAAUGCUAGACAGAUGAUCACUGGUCUUUUCGUUCGUCGAACUGUAGAAGCGCUGUUGCUUCGGGUAUCUGGCAAGUCUUUGCUGGUUCAACCACCCCAUUUACGACAUCUAGCAAUUGUCCGCACUAGUCUGGUGGUGGAUGGUAUUGUUCAAUAUCUUCAUUAUUCAUGGGAUGCAUUUCGUCAGAUGGUUGAAGAACACGAGAUCGAGAUUGGUCAAAUCCCCGGUGCCAAACAAGCACUCAAACUUACUCCGGCAGCUGAAUUUGGUGCCAACGACAAUACGGUAUCGGUGGCUACUAUCGAAACUGAUGACUUGGGCUUUCCUCUCCAAACAUCACUACCGCUCCAGUUGCGACACGGAGAGGUCGAUUUUGUAGAUAUUAUCAGAACAAUUACGCCAGCAGAUAUUCAGGUUCGGAGCGGAGAGCCCAUCAUCGUCGGAGGGGGUGAGCAAGGCUACACCAUGAAGCUGCGAGAGAGAUCGACACGCCCGAUCAGAGAGAAGACACCUCGACAGCCACGUCAACCUCGUCUACCUCGACAACGUCCAAUCCAGUCGGACUCGGAAGAAGAAAAAAUCAAAGGUCGCCCUCGUAAAUACAUGCGAGGUACUGAAAAGUUCUGGCGGAGACAGUUCAAACAAGCCAGGAUUGAUGCCGGGAGACCUCCUGCCCAGUCUUCACAGGGAACAAUGAACGACCCAUCUGGGCUUGCUUUAUAUGCAGGUCGACCAGCAGAAUUUGAUGAAACUCUCGUUGCCGCUAUUGACGCUGGUUUACCGGAGCCUGGCCUGCCGCGAGACAUCAAUGAUGUCUGGGUACGUUUGACAAAAACAGUCCUUAAUCGGCCGUCUAGUGGGGUCUACAUUACAUCUAAAGGUGUACGACCUGAAAAUGUGCGAUUAGAUUCCCAGAUCAUGAUAAUUAAAACUUCACGGCUACAUACUGUGGACUUUUAUGAUCGACGAAAGGUCCAGCCGUUUCGAUUCAUCUCGUCCAGCGCAUCCCACAGUUUUGCAUAUCGAAGAUAUUAUCCUAUCAAGCAGUCACUGUUUCCACGGACCUCAACAAGUAGACCGAAAGGCAGCAGUCAGACUCCACGGCCUAGGACGAAAGUUAAGAAGAAAGGAUGCCCACCGCUCGGUGUCUUCCACGAAAACGUUGCUCCCACCAGGACACCUUUCUCGCGUGAGAGAACACUGCUUCAGAAUGUCGUUCCGAUCGAUACCUGGAUGGACACCACAGACGAAGAGCCUGAACUUAUAUGGCUAGACAACCAACAGACCGGAGUCCUCAGAAAUAGAUCAAUAAGCUCCGGUGCAUCGACGACUGAAGCUCCUCUUCGUCGAAUAUCCGGCAAGACGCUACCGCGGCAGGUUCCAGGCGAUCAGCUUAACAACACCACUACACUACCACCCGAGACAUCAAUGCUCGCAACCCUAACUCCAUCUGGGAGGCCUUUCAGACAGCGAAAGCCGACACAAAAAGCGGGAGAACUAGUGGCAUCAAGUCCAGGUCAAUUUUCACAACUCUUCUCCGAAACCUCUUCAGAGUCUGAUGAUUACCCUUCCCUGGAAUCAGAAGCCCAGAAUCUCUCAAAUCGUGAGUACGCAGCUGAGGAAUUUGAACAAGAAAGCGAAAUAGAGGAGCAGAUGAUUCGGGACCGAUCCCCUGAACCUGCAAAGACGCCAGCGGUCGAACAUGUUGGUGAGACACAGCCGUCUAUCCGGAUCCCGCCAAUGAACGGAAAGCAAAAGGUUCGCGGAGACGACGAGGCUCCAAAUGUCGGGCCCGUCACAACUAAAAUUGAUGACAAUGACGCGGUUGUGACACAGGAAGAGGGAAAUGAGGUUAGCCAACUUGCUACAGUGAGCUCUCCUGCGGCAGUGGCCAUCCAGCAUCCUGAACGAACGACUCCCCCGGAGAGUGACGACGAGAGUGACGAGGAAACUGUGAAACCGCUGAAUUCUGCAGUCAAGAAGCGCGUUUCGCGAAGAGAAAAAUCCCAGAGAGGUGGAAGGUCCGAAUCCAGAGAUUCAGAAGAAGCACAGUCUCGACAGCAACAAAAUGCGAUUAGACCAAGACACACCCGUGGUGCCAACGCCCUAUGUCGGAAGAUUAUUCUUCAACUAAUAGAAGAAACGUCGGGAGUAGCGCCAAAUGAUCCCUAUACUCUCAAACGUGUCUCUACACCCCGAUGGCAGGAAGCCGGAGAGGAGGAUCGACCGUUACUCAAAACAAUCAGGGCAGCCAUCAAAACUCUGUGCGGACAGGGAAAACUAAAAUCAGUCACGUUUUCAUUUCGUGGGAAGAGCGGACCCAUCCUCAAACGUUCGGUCAUCUUCCUGCCACAAAUCAGCUCGCUUUCCCAGUUAGUUGAAGAUGUCAAACAGAAGAUUAUUGAUGCAGAGCCGGCCGAUUAUAUACCCCUUGAAUGGAAAACCGAAGGCUCACGCAUUCCUCUGGUUGGCAAGAAGGCUCAGGGCACAAUCUCGUCUCAAGAGAACCCUCCGAGCCCUCCGGCCAGAAGACGGCGCAAAUCUUCGGUGUCAACUGUUACAACACCGAGUACGAGGACGGCCAGAAGCAUGACUAGAGAACCAGCACCUCCACCACCUCCAAUGCCAGUUGCCACUGGCUUCCUCACGCUCAAAGUGCCAUCUCUAGGGUCACUUCCAGCCGUGCAAAUCUACAAUUGGAGAAUGGAAACCCCUGUAGAUGCUCUGCGAUUCGACACGACGCCGUCAAAUCCCUGGAAGCCGACAUUGGCAAUUUCUCGAAGAACUGCAAGGAGGGGUCGGAGGCCAACCACUCGUCAGCCUGGUCGAUCAAUUGUCUGGGCUGAAGCAGCACGUCAAAAUUUUCCAUCGUCGUUGAACGAUAUCCUUCAACUCCCAGAACUAAAAAUCAAAUUUGAGGAUAUUCAAUCUGAUGAUCCAAACUGGCAACGCUUUGCAUGCGAGGUGGAGGGCGUUCGCGCUUGGGAAGAACAGGAGUCCGAAACAUUCCUGUCUCAGCGAUCCAAAUACGCCUUUAUCAAUCACAUGGUCCCAUCAGCACUAUAUGCAGACUCAAUUCAAAGCCCAGAGAUAGAAUUUGCCGGCCUCGUGCAAUUCGACCCUGAUGGCUCCGAGAUUGAGAUUCCUCAUCCCCCUGCAGGAUCAUGGCCUGUCUUCGUGACGGCUCUCCAAACCUCUCUCGAAAGGAUGUCCCAGAUUGCAGGAAUCAAUUCUGAAGAGUUGACGCAAAUGCCACCUCCACCCAAGACACCUAGCGUCCGACGCUCAAAUCGACCCGCAAAGCGCAAGGCUACAGACGACGAUGGCGCCUUUGCACCUCUAACCAAGCGACGAAGAGGAGGCGGUGCUAGAGGAUCCGGCAGGAGGCAAGACCGGCGUCGGGUAUUUCCUGAUAAGACAAGGACGCCUAGAAACUUCAAGCGAGAUACUCGAUAUCUCCGGACCAUUCCCGAAGAAACACUUUAUCGCAUCGCUGUUUCUGUGGUUGUCGUCCGCACCCUCGCAGGCGGAAUCGAAAGCUAUAUCAACUGGCCGUUAGUCAUGACCCUUUUCCCUGACCAGAGGGAAGAUUUUAUCAAAGGCUGCUGGAAGACACUGUCGAACAAGUACCGGCCAGACAUCAAGGGCCUCACAGAGAAUCUCCAAUGGAAAUACCUCGAUGCCCUGGAAGCCGGCAAAGUCGCCUCCGUCGAUUUCGACAACCUCAAGGCUACAGAUUGGCAAGGUAUUGUGGAAUGGGCGUUAAAGAACCUUGAUAGAUUCAAUUCCAGGCAAAUCGAUGGCCUCCCUGCACACCGAGAAGAGUUUCUCGAUACUCAUAACUUGACCUUCACCAAGCCAAAACGACUUCACAGCAUCUUGAGUUAUAACAUCAUCGUCCCUGGACCUGUCAAAGACGAUAUGGUCAAGUCCAUCGUCUCCGGACUCAGUCAUCGACCUGUCUCACAUGAAACGCCCAUUCUGCAACACACACCGCGCUAUGAACUGGAACUCGAGACCGCCGAUCGGAACUUUCGACUUGCGAAGUCCUGGGCCCUCGCCACAGUCCUCACGCCUGAAUCAACAUUCAACCCGACCGUCGCGUUCGCUAAGCUCUCGACACUCGCUCCAACAACCUCGACCUGCGAAACUCUGUUGCUACGGGCACUUAAGCUGCUUCAAGACGAGAAAAUGAUCUCACGAGCCUACAAAGACCAGAACACCGACCAGCUAUCAGCCGUACGCACGUGGGAGGCAGCCCGCAAAUUUUGGGAGCGCUUCGAGGACCGCCGGAUGAUCAGUGCGAAAAUGCUGCGGCGCGCCGUCGCGUAUAAACUGGAAGUACUCGACAAGACAUUCCUGGUUGGUGAGAGCGCGAUUUUUGAGAAAGACGGAAUUGUAGACGAUGGCGAGAUGGUCGCAGUCCUCAACCUCAUGGCUACAGGGCAAGUGAAAGCUAGCCCUGGCGGAGAUGUACCCCGGACUCGCUAUGGUCUUGACUCUGAGCGCGUCGGGUAUAGGACGAAACUCAUGGACAAGGGGCUACUCGGCUUCAGUGUCGAGAUCGCCCCGACGGCUGCGUACGAAUUCGGCGAUCCGAAACUCGACGGGCGCAAGAUCCCCAUUCCUCGCGGCGAAGUAGACGACGACAUGGGCCUGAUUCCGCCGUGGAUCGAUAUCCACGGGACCCUGCAAGUGACGCUGUGGGAGAUGUUUGUCGUCGGCGUUUUAGGCCUUGUUGCGCAAAUGCCUGGCAUCACCGCCCGCGAAGUUUCCAGGGCGUUGGGAUUUGCGAUCGACGUAGAUGAUGUGGACCUCCUUAUGUCUUGGAGUGUGAGUGCGGGCUUUGCAAAGAUGGACGCUAGGUCGAAGGGAUACGAAACCACUGAGCAUUGGUGGUGGUGUAUUUCUACUGGAGCGGAAGGGGGCUGGGAAUGGCGUUGA